GGCAUGAAAUGAAACCGUCGUUGCUCCGUAGUCGCUCGUCUUUUCUUCCAGUGUCUCGUUUUGCCGGAGAUCGGAGAUAUAUAUAUUGACCACGCGAUCGGGUGCCCUGUUAAGCAAAUGCAUCUGAAGCGAGCGCACUAAGUCGCGACCAGUUAUAUAAAGGGCAAAAAACGCAGGAAUUCCAUAAAUUAAUUCCCAAACUACUUGAAAUAAUUUGCCUACAUUAAGCUGGCCAAAAUGAGUGUCGAAAGAAAUAGAGACGACGAAUACCUUAAGUUUGUGCCCCACUCAAAGUCAUACCAUGUGGUUCCUGGAGCGGAGUUUCAGUGCAAACUGGGCAGCCACAAAUGCAGAAAGCUAUCGACCAUCGACGAGCAGGACGACGAUGUGGCCAAUAGAAAGGGAAUGAUGCACCAGAUUCUGGCCACUUGUGCAGUUCUUCUGCUUUCUGCUGGCUGUGGCAUGCCCAUCGGGUACUCCACUAUCCUGCUGCCCCAAUUGAGGGACAGUAACUCCACCGAGAUUCCCAUCGACUUGGACACGGGUUCCUGGAUUGCCAGUGUCCACAGUUUGGCCACCCCAUUUGGAUCCCUGAUCUCGGGACCCCUGGCGGACUAUUUGGGUCGCCGCAAGACCCUGAUAUUGUCGGUUAUCCCUCUUCUCUUGGGCUGGAGCACCUUGGCGAUCGCCAAAAGCGUCAAGGUGGUGAUCCUCGCCAGGUUCCUGUGCGGAUUCGCGACCGGAAUUUUGGGUGGCCCCGGCCAGGUCUACAUUGCGGAAACGGCGGAGCCGAACUUGAGAAGUCUGCUGAUCGGCGCUCCCUACGUGGCCUACUCGAGCGGAAUCCUGCUGGUCUACUUCCUCGGAUCGAUGAUGUACUGGCGCAAUGUGGCCUGGUGCGCCAACAUCCUGCCCCUGCUCGCCAUGGUGUCCAUAUUCUGCAUCCCGGAGACUCCGGCCUGGCUGCUCCGCAACGGCCAUGAACGCCGCGCCCUGCAGGCGCUGACCUUCCUCCGUGGCAGCGAGAUCAGCGCCCAAAAGGAGCUGAACGACAUGAAGCAGCGCUUGGCCAAGGAGCGGGUCACCACCAGGACCAACGAGAACAUCUUCCGGCUUUGCUGCCAGCGGGUGGCGAUCAAGCCCCUGGUGAUCGUGAUCGUGUUCUCCCUCCUGCAGAUGUUCUCCGGCACCUUUAUUGUGAUCUUCUACGCCAUCGACAUGAUCGCGGAGUUUGGAGUGGACUUCGACUCCAAGAAGGCGGCGAUUGUGACGGCGGGAGUGCGGUUAGUCUGCUGCAUGCUCUUCUGCGUUAUCCUGAUCUUUGUGCGCCGCCGCAGGAUCAUGAUCGUGUCGGGCAUCGGCUCCGGAAUAUUCUGCCUGGCCCUAAGCAGUUACCAGUAUGCCACAUUCGGGCAGCCCAAGAUGUCCUACGACGUCUUGGUGGGCGGUGGCUGCCUGCUGGGCUACAUCAUCUUCAACACGGCUCUGAUGGUCAUGCCGGGCAUCAUGAUCGGAGAGCUGUUUCCGGCCAGGAUCCGCGGCCGAACGGCGGGCGGAGUGUUCGCCUCCAUGAACGUGGCACUCUUCUUCUUCGCGAAGAACUUUCCCGCUCUGCAGAAUGCGCUCAAGAUGCGCGGCGUGUUUCUGGUCUUCGGGGUAUCCAGCUUCCUGCUCACCGCGUUCAUGUGCAUGUUCCAGCCGGAGACGAAAGGUCGCAGCCUGGAGCACAUCGAGGACUACUUCAACGGGAACAACUGGCUGUGGUUCCGGCGGGAUCGCGGCUACAAGACGGUCAACUUGCAACCCCUGCAGCCGAACAAGAACGAUCGGGGGACGGACGCAUAAUCCGGGGUCAUAGUUUUACUUCAGCUCUUAGCUUAGAUAGUCUUAGGCAUUCUCAUAGUCCUAGCCACUGCGCCUGGUAGUCGCUCGAGUUUCCAGUGUCCCAAGCUUGGCACCACCGACAGGGAAUCUUCAACUGUUAUGUUUACCAAUUCCAAUUGUGAUCGCUAUGCUUUAAAUUGUGUCUUAUUGAUAAUUAAAACUAUUAAUAGAAAUACAAAUCUGCUAUAA